GGCGGCGCUAUCUCCAUGGCAACCCGCGCGCAGCCCGGGCCGUUCCGCCCGGCGGGAAGCGCGGGAGCUGAGGCGCUGGCGACAGGCGGGGCUGCGAGCGCCGGGGGGCCGGGGCGGCCGGGGCCGCUGCAGGACGAGACCCUGGGCGUGGCGUCUGUGCCCUCUCAGUGGAGGGGCGUCCAGGGCAUCCGCCGGGAGACGAUGGUUGACACUGGAAUGUCCUGGAGACUCCUGAAAAAUAUGGAUGUCUGGCUCCCAGCGGUUCUGGCUACAUUGAAAAGUUGCCAGACGGCGAGCAUUGCCACUGCUGAAGCGUCUGUCCAGACCCGGAAGCAUGCGGAUGCUGAGGUGCAGACCGAGGUCCCUGCACCGGUCGGCGCUCGGACUGUGGCCCAGCACGACAGCCCCAGGCUUGCAGCCUUUCUUCGGAGGGUGGAGGCCAUGGUUAUUCGAGAGCUGAAUAAGAACUGGCAGAGCCACGCUUUUGACGGCUUCGAGGUGAACUGGACAGAGCAGCAGCCAACGGUCACGUGUCUGCACACCCUGGGCUACCCCCCAGCCCAGGGGCAGGGUCUGCAUGUGACCAGUGUCUCCUGGAACACCACCGGCUCCGUGGUGGCCUGUGCCUAUGGCCGGUUGGACGACGGGGACUGGAGCACACUGAAGUCCUUCGUGUGUGCCUGGAACCUGGACAGGCGAGGCCUGAACCCCCAGCAGCCGUCAGCAGUGGUGGAGGUGCCCAGCGCCGUCAUGUGCCUGGCCUUCCACCCCACGCAGCCGUCCCAUGUCGCAGGCGGGUUGUACAGUGGUGAGGUGCUGGUGUGGGACGUGAGCCAUCCCGAGGACCCGCUGCUGUGGCGCACGGGCCUGACGGACGACACGCACACCGACCCUGUGUACCAGGUGCUUUGGCUACCUGAGCCCCGGCACAGCCACCGCUUCCAGGUGCUGAGUGUGGCCACGGACGGGAAAGUGCUGCUCUGGCAGGGGGGCGGGGCGGGCCAGCUGCAGCUCACGGAGGGCUUCGCCCUGGUCGUGCAGCAGCUCCCGAGGAACACCAAGCUAAAGAAGCCUCCCCGGGGGGAGACCGAGGUGGGUGCUACGGCGGUGGCUUUCUCCGGCUUUGACCCCAGCCUCUUUGUUCUGGGCACGGAAGGUGGCUUCCCGCUCAAGUGUUCCCUGGCAGCAGAAGAGGCCGCCCUCACGCGGAUGCCUAGCUCUGUGCCCUUGCGGGCCCCGGCACGGUUCACCUUCUCUCCCCAUGGUGGUCCCAUCUACUCUGUGAGCUGUUCCCCCUUCCACAGGAAUCUCUUCCUGAGUGCGGGGACCGACGGCCACAUCCACCUGUACUCCAUGUUGCAGGCCCAGCCCCUGGCCUCCCUGCAGCUGUCCCACAAGUACCUGUUUGCCGUGCGCUGGUCGCCAGUGCGCCCCUUGGUGUUUGCGGCUGCUUCCGGGGAAGGUGAUGUGCAGCUGUUUGAUCUACGGAAAAGUUCCCAGAAACCCACAGUUUCAAUCAAGCAAACCCAGGAUGAUAGCCCGGUCUACUGUCUUGAGUUUAAUCGCCAGCAGACUCAGCUCCUGGCUGCCGGUGACGCCAAGGGCACUGUAAAGGUGUGGCAGCUGAGCACCGAGUUCACUGAACAAGGACCCCGGGAGGCAGAGGACCUGGAGCAGCUGGCAGCAGAGGUGGCCACCUGAGGACAACCGGGGUGGGGGUGGGGGUUGGGGGCAGGAGCAAGCUGCACCUGAGCUAGGCUCUGGAGUUCCAACAGAGGCUGAAUGAAGACAACACGAGCUUCUGGGGGAGUCAAGUCAUUUAUUUGUCUUUCACAUGAAAACAAAAGGGAGGGGAGAGAACAAGAGGGGAUCUGGCCCGCCGCCGAGAUUGCCGAGUCGGAAUGGGGCAGCGGGCUUCACGAAGGGAAUCUGGGUCCCCACGGCAACGGGGCAAAUGCGACUUGACCGGAAGCGGUUUAUCGAAGCACCAUUUUCUACUAAGUCUUCUCCCAGGCUAAGCGGACUUAAGCUCACAUUGGAAAGUAACACUGGAAUAUUUUAAGAGCACAGAGAGGAGGUGUCAUGCAGCAAGGCAACGGCAGGGCGGGCAGCGUGGGCCGGGCGGAGCGAGGAGCGGGAUCAGUUCACGAAGAGCGAGCGGGUGAACUCCACGUAGUCGAAGGCGGUGGGGAGUUCGCGGCCCUUGCCAUCCACGUAGGGCUUCAUGUGGGAGACGCAGUAGUCGGCUUGUUCCCGAGUCAGGUUCUGGAGGGGAAGGGACCACACCUGUCAGUCCAGUCUGCUGACACCCGGGGGAGGUGCGGACAUCGGGAAUGUCCCUGCCCAGAGACCACAGCCACUUCUAAGAGCCGCUUCAGACAGGUCUGGAGUGAGUUUCACUGGUAAAUGGGGAUAAAAUGCCUGCACCCAGCAGAAGAGGGCUCAAAAGGGAGGUUUGUUAACUUAGACUCAUUCUGACCCUGACCCUGACCCCGGGGCAAGCUCAGGCUUUACUUUCCAAAGGAAACCUCAACCCUUGUCCCCAGGGUAGGGAAGCAGAGCCCCAGACCUGGUAUAGUUCCUCCUUGGUCACGUAAGGCUUUCCCUCGGAGCUCAGGGCCCGGAAGGCGCUCUCGAUCUCCUCGCUGGAUUUGACGUUCUCCGUCUCCCGGCUGAUCAUGAAAGCCAUGUAUUCUUGCAGGGAGACGUGGCCGUCCCUGGGGAGGAGCGAGUGCAGUGAGCAAGGGGGGCACAGGAGGAACCGAAGACCGAGCUGCCUCCAGCACCAUCCCUAUAGCUCACCUGUUCGGAUCCACGGUGUCUAGGAUUGCCUCGAACUCGGGGUCUGGCUCCCCUUCCUCCACCAUGGGCAGGUCAUAACCCAGGGAGCGCAGGCAGGACUUGAACUCCUGGUGGUUCAGCCGGCCCGACUUGUCUUUGUCAAAGUGUCUGUAGUACAAAUGGAGGACUGCUCAGCACCCAGGCCCCGGUGCUGAGCCCGCCUGCCCGGCAGGGGAGGCCAUACUCACUUAAACAUCAUGCUGAAUUCUUUGAGGGCCUCCUCAGUCACUCCUGUUGUGUUCCUAAAAGAACAGAAUGGAGUUAAGGACCGGACCUUCCACCCCAUUUGGUAGGUGGCGCGUUCUGCUCCAUCCCCAUGAAAUGGUGGGCGGGGGGACCUGCCGUCAGGUAGCUGACACCCCUGCCUCCUCCCUUGCUGCCAGGCCUGGCUCAGGUACCUGGCCUGGAUCUGCUGCUCCAGGUUGUGCUGCAUGCGCAUGCCCAGCUGGUCGAGCUGGUCCCACUGCUGGGCCAGGCCCACGGUGCUGUGCUCCGUGUACUUGUUGUCCAGGAUCAGGGCCUCCUCCAUGGCUGCCCCCAGGUCCUCAAUCUUCUUGAGCUGACUUCUCAUGGCUCGAAUCUCCUGGUGCUUGCGCUAGAGAGGGGGAGGCAAAGGUGCAGGGGACAGGGGCCCUCAGCUUGGCGUCCAGGCCCAGGGGCCUGCUCAGCAGCCCUCCUGGCCUGACGCCCACAGGGCCGUGCGGAAUGGCAACGGCAGGAUGGUGUGAAGUGGAAUCCAACAGCCUCCGUUAAGGGAAGGACUUCAGCGUCGGUCACAAGCCAAGAAAACUACACACUGAGAACCAAAGGACUCUUUCAAGUAAGACACCCGGCGGCAACCCUCAAAGACAAAUGACGGGGCUCGGGGCUGCUUUCUGCUAAGAGAAAAAGGGCACCUAACCGGCCUAGCUUCAUGCCUGACUUGGAACCACAUGGGCCUACUGGAGAAGGCUGCAUAGAGGGUCUGAGCCUGGCCAGGAGCCGCAGGGGCACUUACUUUGGUAGCUUCCAGCUGGGAUUCCAGGGUCCCCGAUUCUUCCACCAUGCAGGACCUAAACACAGAAGCACAGUGAAGCAGGAGGACCUGAAUGGGAGCUUGAAUUAACUAUCCCCAGUUAACAGUACCUGCUAUCUCGAUUUUUUUCUUUUGGAAUUUCUUUUAAGAACACGAAACGUGCUACUGGCAAUCUUUUUCUAAGUGGCCCUGGGAGCCAUGGAGGGCAGGUAGUAUUUCUUCUGUUUCAGAGACUGCCAGCUGGUGCCCCAAGGUGUUGAGUCACCUGCCCAGGGCCAGCUGGUGGGCCAGGGCUAAGCCCCAUCCAUCCUGCUCCCAGGCUAGGACCCUUUCUCAUGUGGCUCCUCAGGCCCAGCCAGGCUGUGACAUGGCACCUGACCCAAGCUAGGCCCUCAAGGGGCACCUUAGGAACUGCGUCGAAAUCCCCUCAGGAGAUGACAGAGGGGCUGCAGGCCUGACAGCCUCUGCAGUCACUGGGGAGAAAGCCACUCUGUGCGACCCUGCCUCCUGCUACCCAGGAGACCUUCAGGAGGAGGAGGCUGACAAAAGGAGAGCCACCCCCUAGAAAUCCCUGGGGCCUCUUGCAGGUUCCUGAGGAGGGGAGCCACAUUCUAGGUGUGACAGCAGUGGAGGAGAUGCAGAGGACCCCUCAGACACGAAGGCGGGGUGCUAAGAGAUCAUGACCAGAUACGGGUUUUGAAAGGGAUUCUAAUUCUGCCCAAAGGGGAGAGGUGGCUGUGAUCAGGCUCCGUGACACAGGGCCAGAGGCUUCCAGGGCCAAGUUCUGAACAGCAGGGAGCAGGGAGCCUCCAUCUAUCUGACAUUACAGUGUGAGGUCACAGAAGGCCAUCAGAGAACGAAGACAAGUUAGGGUUACGUGCGGGGACGAAUCACACUGUGCGCAUGUCCUUGGGGGGAUUUUAGCCCAGCCUCCCCGGCACCCACGUGUGCCCCAACCUACCCUUUCAACACCCAGCGAGCCAGGCUUAGCUCUGAAAUUUCCCCAAGUUCCUAGUGUUCGAGCAAGGCAAGGCACCAGGCUUCCUCCUACCCCAGCAGGUCAGACUCACAGUCACGCCAUGUCCCCCAGAGAAAAGCAACACCCCCAGGACCCAGGGGCAGGAGGCUGGGUGCCGGUGCAGUGGGAGGAGGACAGACCCCUCCUUCCCAAGCGGCCGAGGGCGGUGGGUUAGUCAGAAAGCGGAGCCGCCUGGGGAAGUCAAGAGUGCAUUGGUAAAACCACAGUGAGGUAAGAAGAGAAAUAAGAGGAGAAAAACCUUCCAGACAGAUCAUCCCCAACUUCAUACUGAUAGACACGAAUGACCCGACGAUACGCUAUGCUAGUCAAAGAAAAGAAACCAAAUGAAUACACCGAAGGCACGGGCAGGCAAGAGCAGACCGAGA